CGCUUUAAUCAUGUUUCCUUAACAAAGACUGCUAAGAAAGGCUUGGAACUGAAGCAGAACCUGAUAGAAGAGCUUCGGAAAUGUGUGGACACCUACAAGUACCUCUUCAUCUUCUCUGUAGCCAACAUGAGGAACAGCAAGCUGAAGGACAUCCGGAAUGCCUGGAAGCACAGCCAGAUGUUCUUUGGCAAAAACAAGGUGAUGAUGGUGGCCUUGGGUCGAAGCCCAUCUGAUGAAUACAAAGACAACUUGCAUCAGGUCAGCAAGAAGUUGCGAGGUGAAGUUGGCCUCCUCUUUACCAAUCGCACCAAGGAGGUGAACGAGUGGUUCACAAAGUAUACAGAAAUGGAUUUUGCUCGAGCUGGGAACAAAGCAACUUUAACAGUGAGCCUGGAUCCAGGGCCCCUGCAGCAGUUCCCUCAUUCCCUGGAGCCACAGCUGAGGCAGCUGGGCCUGCCCACUGCACUCAAGAAAGGUGUGGUGACCCUGCUAUCUGACUAUGAAGUAUGCAAGGAGGGCGAUGUGCUGACUCCAGAGCAGGCCCGUGUCUUGAAGCUUUUUGGGUAUGAGAUGGCUGAAUUCAAAGUGACCAUCAAAUACAUGUGGGAUGCCCAUUCGGGAAGAUUCCAGCAGAUGGACGAUGACCUGCCUGAGAGCGCAUCUGAGUCUGAGGGAGAGUCAGAGGAAGAGGAUGACAGCUGGUUGCAGGAUGUGGGACUAAGGCCUUCUAGCAAGUUCUUCAUCUCCAUUGGACCACCAGGACUUCUGUCGUCCCUCUAG